AUGAAUUGCAUAACUGAUGAGGACUUGAUACAGAAAAUUGCAUCAAUUAGUAGCGCGUUCCGCGAAGAUAUACGUCUGGCCUAUGAGAAACCAACUGAUUUCGGCAAUGUUGUCCCUCCCUUAAAAUCUUCCAAUGAAAUUUUGACACAAAAUCACCCAAAUAAUGUACAAAAAUUUAACACAGGUUCAAGAAGUAGUAUGACUCAAAUAAUGCCAAACAAUCAACCAUUUUAUAUUGUUGUUCACCCGGAAAGGAAGAGAAAAGGAGUCAGUUAUAUGUUCUUAUUUUCUCCAUGGUAUUCAUUGCUUAUCAACGAUAAAACUCAUGAAAUUGAAGUUCUUCCAGAAGAUGCUCAAUAUUUCAUUGAUAAAAAGAACUUUAUUAUCUUUAUGAACUCAGAGGAAAGGAAGUUUACUCACAAGAUAAAGUUUGAAGUUCUUCAAAUGAUUAUUGACCACCAAUUUUCCAAUUCUUUGGAGCCAUUUUUCCUUUCUUAUUUAGCCAAUAAUCAAUUACCUCCAUCAACAAAUCUUAUUUCCACAUACCUUUACAAAAUCGUCUUCAAUGAGAGUUUUCUUGUAGCCUACCACAAAAUUCCUUCAAAAUACUUAACAAACAAUAUUAUGGAAAACUGGUAUACAGCAUCACAGAUGUCAUUUGAUUCAGUUUUUACAACACUUGUUCGUUAUUAUCUCAAAGACCAAUCAUUUAAUCAUAUUGACUUAAAUGACGAUACAUUUAUUACAAGAAUAACAAAAAUCAUCAUUAAAAAUGACCGUAAGUUUAAUGAAUUUACAAAUUCUCUUCAACAAACGUUCGACGAUCCAAUUAAUAAAUUUUUACCGGCUUUUUCACAAAUUACCACAAAAACAACUUUACACAUGACAUUGUUUAUACUUUACUUCGAAGCCACAAAGAAAUUCAAUGCACAAACAGGCUAUUUAGCAAUCGGAAAACUUCUUUACUUUGCUGGCAUCCAUCCUUAUUUAGUUGCCAACAACUGUGAAUCGGAUUCCGUCUACAAAGAAAUUUUGACAUUUUCACCAAAUUUAGACGUAAAUAUUCACCUGAAUUUAAAGGAGAUCAUGAAGCGUUUCACACAAACAUCUAAGAAACUUAAACAACCAGCAUCAAAUGCAGACUCAUUUAAUGCUUAUUCAGAACUUUUGCAAAAUAUUUCAAAUAAUGACAUAGAUUUCCUUAGCAUUGUACGACGAGUUGAGAAGGAAAUACCUGUGUGA